AUGAGACUGGUAACACAGGUGCAGUGCCCGCCGCCAGAAGCUCCGAGACACGGGAAGGCUGUGUACACAUCUUGCGCAUAUAAUUCAGUUGUGUCGUAUGAAUGCAAGUACGGUUACCGCCUUGUUGGAGACGCCACACGACGCUGGGGUGCUGAUAAGAAGUGGUCAGGGACCCAGCCUAUUUGCAAGGAGAUAAAUUGUGGCCAUCCGGGACAGCUCUGGAAUGGUUGGCUGGAGAACAUAUCCUCAGGAACUGGAUUAGGAGCUUCGAUAAUCUUCAGGUGUCAAGAUGGAAUGAGGAUGGAAGGAAAUGGGUCCGCUAUCUGUCAGAGUGACGGGACUUGGAGUCAUCCGUUACCAAUGUGCUUAGCUCCGUGCGUUGUGCCGCACGUGUCCCAAGGCAGGGUUGUACUGAUGGAGAACAAGACCCAGGACAACGAGACACAGGAACACACACAGAUCGUUGGCAGCUCCACUAUGGUGCAACAUGGUGAAAUUAUUGUAGUGGAAUGCGAAAAGGACUAUGAAUUUCCAUCAACCAGCGCUGCAAUCACCUGUAACAAUGGAACCUGGACCCAAAUCCCGCGCUGUCAGCCCGCAAGGUGUAAAAAAAUGCCAAAAUACCCAAGAAAUGGCAUGGUGAUCGCACCCAAAACUGAACACGGCAUGAAGGCGCGGUUCCGAUGUAAGGACGGCUAUGAACUGAAGGGAAACCCUAUUGUAGUUUGCUCUUUUGGAACUUGGAGUGGAGAAACUCCAAAAUGUGAAGAAUUGUUCUGCCCAUUUCCCGGCUACAUAGAAAAUGGGAAAGUACUCCUUGUCGGCAAUAUGGGCCUCUACGACUACCGUCCAUAUGUCAAAAAGGUUGUAAAUAACAAGCAGAUAAUGUAUGAAUGUGAGAAAGGCUACGUAUUGUCAGAAGGAGCCCCUGGUGCCACCUGUGUGGGAGGACACUGGAGCCCUAGAGAACUGCCGAAAUGUACGCUGUACAAACAUCCACGUAUAAGAUGGAGUAGAAGGCGUAGAUCCAUCCCUGACGCAGAAGUUCGACAUAGACGCUCUGCAUAUCUACGGCAAUAUUACAACAGUCUUCGCCGGCAAGUCGUAGACUCGACCAAAGAUAAUGUGGAUCAGUUGUAUGACAAAUACAAUCACAAUACCGAAAAACCAACGCUGCGUCAUGCAAAUUUUAAAAUGAUGAAGAAAUUCGAUAUCGAUUUUGAUGGAGAUACAUUCGAACCGGAGACUCCAGACGAGGGAAAUAUACCCACGGCUGUAUAUACAAUUUUUAAUAUACACGGAGAACCUGUAGCACACAAAUUUUAUUCCUACCAACCAGUUUAUGAGCCUGAAGAAGGUGAAUUGAUACAUCACGAUGACGAGGAAUAUGAUUCUGAAGAGGGUGAAGAUGAUUCACAAAUGACUAUUCUUAAAGGGGGAACCUUUUCUGAAUUAGAUCCAGACCACGGUAACUCUGACAACAUCAAUAAACUAAAACAUCAGUACUUUGAAAGAUAUGUGGACAAGCGGUGGAAAAGGUUUUCAGGUGUUAAGCUGGAAGAAAUACAAAAUAAUACAAGGUCAAUAGAAGCCACUCAAGUAACGGCUACAGAACCUGAUUUCAAAAGUAGGAAAAAACGAAACAUUAAUUAUGAAGAGUAUGACAGAGAUGUAUCUAUAGCAAAACCAACUCAAUUUUCUGAAUUACUUACCAUAAAUGAAGACCACUUAAAAGUAAUACCACUGCAGCCCAAACUAAAUUUAUUAAAAUAUGAAGAGAAUGAAAGUGUUUUAAUACCUGUAAAGUAUAAUGGUACUAAUUCAACAGAAUUUCCUACAAGGUCUGAAAAAAGAGAAAAGAGAACUAGCAGAAAAACUGACAGAUUGAAUCAAACAACUGCAUCUGUACCUAAAACUGGUCGUGAGAGCAAGAGUGGCAAAAAUAGGCAAGCACAAACAGAUAAGCAAACAGCUGAAGAGUCAGAUAUAAGUGUAGAUGUAAAAGAUAUUUCCGAGUUUGAUAAUAAGACGUUGACUGAAAAAGGUAAAAAAGGCCGUCCAAAAAGUCCCUGUGAACCUAUAGAGAGCGAGCCAUAUGUAAAUAUUGAAGUAGUUAAAUUUGGCCGAGAUCCCAAUAACACCUUUAGUUCUGGAACAAUAGUCAGAGUAGCAUGCGGCAAAGGGUACGGAUUGAACUUGGAAAUAAAUGCAACAGCUAAAUGUGUUCGGGGACGAUGGAAACCAGAAAAACCAAAAUGCGAAGUCCAGUCCUGCCAUGUCCCGGUAAUAGAAUAUGGAAUAUACACAAUGUCGCCCAAUGGAAAUUUGGGAAGUCUGAUCUCUGGGCCGAGUAGAGAUGAGGAGCAAGAGUUGAAUGAAACGAUUCCUGUACCUAAUGGCCAAAUUGUGCAUUUCUCCUGUGAAUAUGGGUACAAAGUACAAGGUCCCACAAAUUUGAGGUGUUGGCUAGGAGAAUGGGCAGUUACCAGUAUGCCUGAGUGUGUUCCAGCUCCUUGCGAACUUCCACAACUGACAGGAGCGACGUAUGAGGCAGGCUACCGCUCUGGUCUAACUGUAGCUCAUGCAUCUUCUGUCAACGUCGCCUGCGACCUUGAUCGCUCCCCCCCAGCAACGCUCAACUGUCACCUCGGACGUCUCCAGCCGACUGUACAAGAUUUCUGCAAGCCAUUAGUAAAUACGACACCGACUUGGAUCAAACGCAAGUACCAGAGCGGGUCUGACAUUGUGAGGGAAGAUGUCUCCGAACUGGAGGCAGAUAUUCAAGAAGGUGCUCUCCCCUGCGCUCCACCUAAAAGGAUGUUAGGAACGUUGAUAUAUCGCGAAGGUGCUGAGGUGAAUGAGACUUACGAUAUAUCUGAUACGUUUCCACAUGGCGUGAAGAUCACUUUCAGCUGCAUAGCGUCAGUUAUGGGAGAGAAGACGACGUGGAAGAUUAUAUGUGAGAAUGGCAAUUGGGUUGGAAAGAGUUUUAACUGUGAGGAAUUGGACGCCCAAAGUGAAGAACUACGAAACAACAACACUUGUACGUUCCGCAACGAAGAACCGAACGUCGUCUCCUUCUACAAUGACUUGGAGAUUACAGAAACCGUUGAGUUCUCCCCGGGUGCUGUUAUUGUAUCGAGAUGCAGCGACGUAGGCAAAUAUGCCAUGACUGGAUCGCAGACGAGACGAUGCAUUGGAGGAAUUUGGGAUGGAGUCAAGCCGACGUGUUUCGGUCUCAAUCAAGAGAAUGAUUAUGCCAUGGAGAAACCACCAACGAUUUUGUUCCGACAUUCCCAAGGUCCUAUAGCUCAGACCAACGACGGAAAAUUGCUGGUCUACCCUGGCACAGUACUGCACAUGGAAUGCCUUUGGAUGAGAAGGUUCGGAAACCCUAAGUGGAACGUCACCCAUACUUAUCCCGAAUCUGAGCGCACGUACGCAGAAGGCUGGACAACGGAUCCUGGUCGUGACAGCCAGCUGGAGUACCGGCUCAGCAUCAUGGAUGCCGUGAGGGAGGACUCCGGGGUGUACCGCUGCGAGACCCCGGCCAGGCAGAGCCAUCAAGUGGAGAUUAUUGUGGAGGACGUCCACUGUCCUCCGUUGCCAAUCCGUCGUGGCCUUGUACCCAGCAGCCUGGAGACGAGGCUGGGCAGCGAGAUAACGUUCUCUUGUGCCAACGGUAACGCGCUCCUUGGAUCCUCGACGCUGGUUUGCAGAGCUAGCGGCAACUGGAGUGCUCCACUACCCGUCUGUGAAAGUGUUGAAUGUGGUGACGUCGUCCACGACACCCCGCUGCAAGACGGCGAGCGACGUCCCAGGGUAGCCGUGGUUUCCCGAGGAGUUGGCGGUCGGGCCGCCUUCUCCUGCACACCCGGUUGGGCGCUCAGUGGACCCACGGAAACGGUCUGCCUACCAGCUGCUGACUGGGCGAAACCGUUCCCAGUUUGUCGAGAGGUAUCCUGCCCAGCUUUGCCCCCUCCAGCAUCAGGGUACGUGCUGGGUCGCGCACCUUAUCGUGCUGGUGACGUCUUGCAGUUCCACUGCAACCCUGAACACACGUUGCACGGAAGACCUAUCCUAGUCUGCCAGGACAGCGGCAGAUGGAGCGAUAAGCCACCCACUUGUGCUCAAGCCUGCACGUAUCCUGGCACCACGAUAUCGGGUCGCAUGUCCUCGGUGAAGUUCUACUACAAGAUUGGAGAGUCCGUCUCUUUCACUUGUGAGCCAGGCUACAAGAUCAAAGGAGCGCCCAUGUUGAGGUGCCUGAAAAACAGAAAAUGGUCAAACGCAAUACCACUAUGUACACCAAUAUCCAACUACACAUCGGCGGAUUCGAUCGCAAUGUUGAACGGUGACAUCGACGCCAUGUUGUCAGACGGCGCCAUCUUGCCAACGGAGUUGUCAAAAUUAGAAACGCCGGCCAUUUUGACACCGGAGAGUUAUAAUGCCGCUAUGACGCGAGUGGCAGCUACCAGACUUCUACGUAGAGGUUCGAUAGAAUCAUACAAAAAUAGAAUUUAUAGGGUAAAUAGAAUAUUAAGGCGGGAUACGGGAAGAUAAUUACUAUUUGUAAGUUAGGGAGAUUAAUGCAUUUGAUAUUUGUAGGAUGAAACAGUUCUUACUGUAAAAACCACAGAAAUGUAAAAAAUAUCCGCUGGAUAUAUCUAUGGACCUAUAAAAAUUACAUCACAUCAUCGAUAUAGUCACCAACACAAGCAUAAUUGUUAAUUUUAAUGUAUGAACUAACUACAAAGAUUUUACACUUUUCAAGGUUUUGACGUGCUAAAUUUAACUUGAGAAUAAACGUACAAAGUACUAUUUAUAAAUUUUAGUUUGUAAAUUAAAGGCAUAACAAAGAAUUAUUCAAUUUAACAAUGUAAAAAAAACACAACAACUCAACAAUCAAUAAGAAUAACUCCUUCAAUAACUUCAAAACUAAUAAAUGUUUGCAAUUGCACUUGUGUUAGCGACAGUACUAAAGGAUGUGCGCGGGGCGAGUUGCAACGUGGGGAGGGGAGAUCGUGUCCACAUAUUUCCGACGGGUUAUAACCUAGUUUAAAAUAGCAUUUUGCAGCUUAGAAAAGUAUUAAACGCGAACGAUACUUACAGACAAUUACUGGAUCUAACUAGGUAGUCAUUUUAUAAUCUAUUUUAGUCUUUAACACUAAUUAAUAUUGAAAUUUAUAAAAAAAAACUUAGUGAAACAUAUCGUAUAUAAUCAAAUAAUUUUAGAAUUAAUAUAAGUGCUAAUUACAUAAUCAGUAUGUAAUUAUUAAUGUACUCCUUUGAUUGUA